AUGGCAUAUCAGGCAGAAGCUAUCUUGACAGCCAACGUUUCUGCGCUUAAUCAAGAACAAAACCAAGGACCCGAGCGCCUUUUCCAAAUUUUGGAAGAUGCAGUCAUCAAGCCUGAUGAAGCGCUUCUAAUGAAUGCAGAAGAAUUGAAAAACAGGCACGAGAUUAUUGAUCAAGCCUGGGACAAGGUUCGAAAAUGGCUCUGGGCAAACGAAAGUCAAGACAAGCGUGCUGCAGCUGCCUACAUUCGUGGAAAUGGAGAGGUUACGUCCCUCCAUCUUAUGUGCAAGCUUAACGAUCCACCACCGGAAUUGGUGGGUGACCUGGUUGAUUCUGCUCCAGAGGUUGCUAGUUUUGCUGACACUCAUGGCUGGUUGCCUUUGCAUCAUGCUUGUGCCAACGGAGCUUCUACCGCUGUCUUGGAGAUCCUUAUCCACGCUUACCCCGAGAGUAAGCUCAUUCAAGAUAACCAGAACCGUACUCCCCUUCACUUCUACGCUACAAGAAACACUGACAACCCAGAUGUCAUGACAAAGAACGUUCGUCUCCUUUGCGACAGUGGAGCUGCGGAGCUUUCCGAUCGCGGAGGUAUGCUUCCCAUGCACUAUGCCUGUGCCUACGGAAGUAAUGCCGAUGUUCUCAAGGUCCUUGCGGAUGCAUUUCCAGAGAGUCUUACCACCAAGGAUAACAAAGGAAAGACUCCUAUGCAUUUGACCAUGGUCAAUGGUCAGCGUGAUACUAGUCCUGAUGUUCUGAAGUUCCUUUUGGAUACAGCCGGAAGAGAAACGAUCAAUCUUAGAGAUACUGAAGGCAAUCUUCCUUUGCAUUUGCUGAAUCUUGGUCUAAGAGGUGUGGAUUUGGACAGCGACGGUGAGAAGCUGCAAAACGCUUCUGAAUGCCUUCGCAUCUAUCUUGCUGCCAAACCAAAAGCAUCUGCUGAUUUCUUGGCCGAAAUUCAGAAUCUACCAGAAGAACUCCUUGAUGUGGCUGUGGUCAGUCCUCACGUUCGUAAAAUCCUCAACAACAAGAUCGUUAGGAGAUUCCCUACCAGUGUUGUUAUGACGGAUUUGUACAUGUACAUUCUUUUGAUUAUCGCCUUUGAAGUCGCUUCCACUCAUCACAUUGAAGUUCGCUUCAUGGAAGAGGUGUUAGUAACAGAAACGACACUUGAAACUCUAUUUCGCUAUGGUCUCUUUGUGGGUUCAGGGUAUUUCCUUUUGCGUGAGUUGACGCAAUUGGCAGCUCUUGUUGGACUUGGACUUGGUCUAGGAUCUUGGAUUUAUGAUACAACAAAUUGGUUAGAUGUUAUGGUUAUUUCCAUGGUUGGUACCUUUGCAGCUCUCAUGAGUGAUCCGAGAGGAUUAGAGAUAGGCGGAGAUCCAGAUGAACUGUGGGGUAUAGACAACAAAUCAUUCCGAGCUGGCUGUGCUUUUACGAAGAUGGUCCUUUGGGUUGCAGUUGUGUAUUUCUUGAAGUCUCUCAGUAUCAACUUUGCCGUUUUCCUUGAUGGUGUGGUAUACGUUGUGAAGCGUCUCGUUGCCUUUCUCAUGGCCGUUGCGUGUAUUUUGGUUGCAUUUGCACUGAUGUUUGCCAUUUUAUACCAAGAGGAAGAGAUGUGCGAUGCAGGGAUUAUGGCUAACGCAAGUCAAACGAUUCCGGACUGUACCGACCCAUCGUUCCCUCACUGUUCGAUCGAAUUCUCACUAUUGAAGGCAUAUUCCAUGAUGAUGGGAGAAAUCGGCUCUGAAACAAGAUACGAUGGAAUCAUUAUGGCACAAAUUCUAUAUAUCCUAUAUGCUUUCUUUGUGGUCAUUCUUCUCAGUAAUGUGCUCAUCGCUAUUGUGACAGAUUCUUACGAAUUCAUUCAGAAUGACAGAGCUGCAAUCGUUUUCUGGACAAAUCGUUUGGAUUUCGUCGCCGAGACUGACGGUAUGUCCUCCAUUAUUCUCGGUUGCUGUGGACUUAAUCCCUCUUCGAAGGGCGCCGCAGGUGCGCCUACUCGGGUUCAGGAACGACCUGGCGGAACAACAAUUCUGGAUGACGACGAUGAUGCUGAAAGUGAAAACAAGGAGUUCAUGUGGCACAUCUGGUCAUCUCUGACUGGGCUAUUUACCGAGUCGCACUUCUACGAGGACGAGAAGGUGUCCUUCACAAACAUUGAAUUCUGGGUUUUCGCUGCAUACCAGUGCUUUGCUCUUUUGGUUGUAAUUCCAAUCUGGGUGGUUCUGGGUGUUGUGACCGUCGGAAUCCUUUGGCCUCCACAAGUCCGUGAAUACAUGUUGCUUCAAUCUGAGACAGGGCAAAUUUCUCAGCAAUCCCGUGAACGUCAAAAGUUGGAGCAGUUGCGUGAUAUUCAAGGAGAUAUCGCACAAUUGAAGGCUGAUAUUCAACGAGAGAUUGAAGCUGAUCGCAGUGAUAUGGCUCGAAUGAAGAUGGACGUUGAGAACGUUCAAAGUGAGGUACUGUCUGAUUUGCAGCAGAUUAAGGAACUCAUGACCACUCUAUUGGACUUGGGUGGUAUGGCACAAGGAAUGUGA